AUGGAGAAGAUGACGUGGCACGUCCGCGUCAAUGCUUCCCUCCCAAUGUGCCAAGUCGUCCACACAGCAAUGACGCAUACCGUCAUUGCCAUCCACAAUAGCGCAGGUGAACACAUCACAUACCGCCAUCGUAAUGCCCGCCAACCACCGCCACGUCACUGCGUGAGCACAUCACGUCCAGCCAUCGUAACGCCCGCCGACCACCGCCAAGUCACCGCCUUGCCUCUCUCAUUCAUGGGCGAUGACGACGCGAUAUGA